AAAGAAAAAACAUUAAAGAAAUUGACAGGAAAGUUCCCUGGUAAAACCAAUAUAUAUAGAGGGCUUCAUUGAACUACGAGACUCACUCACUGUCUCUGUCUCCGUCUCUCACCCGGGCAGAGUCUCCCAUUUGACCCAGUCGAUAAUGGAGGUUCAUACUCAGACCGUCUCAUCCUUCGAGCUCCAGUCUAACCCUCCUCCAUUCCCUUCUUACUCUCUCGACGAAAUGAACAUCUCCUCUUCCUCCUCCGACCUCUCUUCCCACGACGGCUUCCGGAGCCCCGACACGCCCCAAUCACCCUCCACGGGCACUCCGAAACCCGACGGGUCGGACUCUCAGAACGACCUCGUAGAACCUCCGCCGCCGGUAGACGGUGCCCAAAAAUACGAUGGCUACAAAACGACAAAUUUGACUCUGGAAGCAAACAACGUAGAGUCGCUGAAGUCGUGUGAGACGAACGCCCCGGGCCCGGGGGGCGCUUGGUCGGAUAGAGCGGCGGUGAGGUUGCAGAAGGUGUACCGGAGUUAUCGAACCCGGCGCAGGUUAGCGGACUCCGCGGUUGUCGCCGAAGAGCUCUGGUGGCAAGCUAUAGACUAUGCUAGACUGAACCACAGUACGAUCUCUUUCUUCAAUUUCUUGAAGCCCGAGAGUGUGGCUUCCAAGUGGAGUCGUAUUUGCCUGAAUGCUUCUAAGGUGGGAAAGGGUUUGUCCAAAGACGCCAAAGCGCAACAACUGGCUUUUCAGCAUUGGAUUGAAGCUAUUGAUCCCCGGCAUCGAUAUGGACAUAGCUUGCAUGUAUACUACGAAGAGUGGUGCAAAGCGGAUGCUGGUCAGCCAUUUUUCUUCUGGUUGGAUGUAGGAGAUGGCAAAGACCUCGAUCUCAAACAAUGCCCAAGACUGAAGCUGCGACAACAAAGCAUCAAGUAUCUUGGACCUCAAGAGAGGAAACAAUAUGAAUAUGAAGUUAUCGAAGGGAAAGUAAUUCACAAACAAACCGGAGAUCCCCUUGAUACAAUCAGAGGGUCAGAAGGGGUGAAGUGGAUAUUUGUUAUGAGUACCUCCAAGAAACUCUAUGCUGGUCGGAAAAAGAAAGGAGUGUUCCAUCAUUCUAGCUUCUUGGCUGGAGGAGCCACAGUAGCUGCUGGAAGGCUAGUGGCAGAGGAUGGGGUUCUUAAGUCCAUCUCUCCGUAUAGUGGGCAUUAUCGGCCAACAGACGAUAGGCUUGACAGCUUUUUAUCCCUUCUCAAGGAAAAUGGAGUGAACCUUAAUGAAGUUCAGAUAUACAAAGCGAAUGAAGAUUCUGAUUGCUAUGAUGAGAGCAAACUGAAUGGAGGUGGGGGUUCAGCUGAACGUUUGACAAACUCAGAAACUAAGGAACUUGAAGAAAUUCCAGAUAAAGAGGAGAAAACUCCAUCCUCAGAAUCAACUGAAGCCCCUCAAACUGAAGCCAAAAACAAUUACAAGAGGACUUUAUCAGGUGGUCUUCAGAGCCCGAGAGCUGAGGUGCCAAAGAGUGCAAUAUUGCAACGAAUCAAUUCCAAGAAGGCAUUAAAAUCUUACCAAUUAGGUAAUCAGCUCUCACUCAAGUGGUCAACUGGAGCUGGACCAAGAAUUGGUUGUGUUGCUGACUACCCUGUGGAGGUGAGAGUACAAGCCUUGGAGUUGACUAACCUGUCUCCAAGAUUUCCACCCACACCAUCAUCCUUUAGACGAAUGGCUGGUCUUGCAUCACCAACAGCAUCACCUACCACACACCCUGCACCGGAUAUCAGUAAGGGUGAUGGGACUUCUGGUGUCUGAAUUCAUAUAUCACCAAGUUUAUGCUUCCUUCCUAAUGGAAAUGCUUUGCUGAAUGUACAUAUCUCAUAUGUUCUUUAUGUCACCUCAAAACCCCUUUUGGAAUGGUCAGACCAUUAGCUUGUUUUCAUAA